CCGCCAGUCGCGGGGCGGGGGCCGAGCGGGCCGGGCCGGGCCGGGCCGGGGCCGGUGGCGGCGGUGGCCCCGCCAUGGCCCACUUCGAGACGCAGUACCAGCGCCUGGAGAGCUCCUCCACUGAGUCGCCCCCCGGCGGCGGCGACCUGCUUGUCCACGUCCCCGAGGGCGCCAAGUCUCCCUGGCACCACAUCGAGAACCUGGACCUCUUCUUCUCUCGCAUCUAUAACCUGCAUCAGAAGAAUGGCUUCACCUGUAUGCUCAUCGGAGAGAUCUUUGAGCUCAUGCAGUUCAUCUUUGUGGUGGCGUUCACCACCUUUCUUAUCAGCUGUGUUGAUUACGACAUCCUUUUUGCCAACAAAGCCGUAAAUCACAGCCAGCAUCCCAGUGAGCCCAUUAAGGUGACUCUGCCAGAUGCCUUCCUGCCUCCAAAUGUCUGCAGUGCAAGAAUCCAGGCAAACAGCUUCCUCAUCUGCAUCCUGGUGAUAGCUGGGGUUUUCUGGAUCCACCGACUUGUGAAAUUUAUCUACAAUGUUUGCUGCUACUGGGAGAUUCACUCUUUCUACAUCAAUGCCCUCAAAAUCCCCAUGUCCACCCUGCCGUACUACACCUGGCAGGAGGUGCAGGCCCGCAUCGUGCAGAUCCAGAAAGAGCAUCAGAUCUGCAUCCACAAGAAGGAGCUGACGGAGCUGGACAUCUACCACCGCAUCCUCCGCUUCAAGAACUACAUGGUGGCCAUGGUGAACAAGUCGCUGCUGCCCAUCCGCUUCCGCCUGCCCCUCCUGGGAGACACUGUCUUCUACACACGUGGACUCAAGUACAACUUUGAGCUCAUCUUCUUCUGGGGGCCUGGCUCCCUCUUUGAGAAUGAGUGGAGCCUGAAGGCUGAGUACAAGCGGGCUGGGAACCGCCUGGAGCUGGCUGAGAAGCUCAGCACUCGCAUCCUCUGGAUUGGCAUUGCUAACUUCCUUCUCUGCCCCCUCAUCCUCAUCUGGCAGAUCCUCUACGCCUUCUUCAGCUACACAGAGAUCCUGAAGCGGGAGCCGGGCAGCCUGGGUGCCCGCUGCUGGUCUCUCUAUGGCCGCUGUUACCUCCGUCACUUCAACGAGCUGGACCACGAACUGCACUCACGCCUCAGCAAGGGCUACAAGCCAGCUUCCAAGUACAUGAACUGCUUUAUCUCCCCCCUCCUCACCAUCGUGGCCAAGAACGUGGCCUUUUUUGCUGGCUCCAUCCUGGCUGUGCUUAUUGCUCUCACCAUCUAUGAUGAGGAUGUCCUGGCAGUCGAGCACGUCCUGACCACAGUCACCCUGCUCGGGGUGGGCAUCACGGUGUGCAGAUCUUUCAUCCCUGACCAGCACCUGGUGUUUUGCCCAGAACAGCUGCUGCGAGUCAUCCUGGCGCACAUCCACUACAUGCCUGACCACUGGCAGGGCAAUGCCCACCGCUACGAGACCAGGGACGAGUUUGCCCAGCUCUUCCAGUACAAAGCAGUCUUCAUCCUGGAGGAGCUCCUGAGUCCCAUCAUUACCCCCCUGAUCCUCAUCGUCUGCCUGCGGCCCAAGUCCUUAGACAUCGUUGACUUCUUCCGCAACUUCACCGUGGAGGUAGUGGGUGUGGGUGACACCUGCUCCUUUGCCCAGAUGGAUGUGCGCCAGCACGGCCACCCAGCGUGGAUGUCAGCGGGAAAGACGGAAGCCUCCAUUUACCAGCAGGCCGAGGACGGCAAGACAGAACUGUCCCUCAUGCACUUUGCCAUCACCAACCCCAAGUGGCAGCCACCCCGCGAGAGCACAGCCUUUAUCGGCUAUCUGAAGGAGCGGGUGCACCGGGACAGCAGCAUAGCACUGGCUCAGCAGGCUGUGCUCCCUGAAAACGCCCUCUUCAGCUCCAUCCAGUCCCUGCAGUCGGAGUCAGAGCCUCACAGCCUGAUUGCCAAUGUGAUAGCAGGCUCCUCGGCACUGGGCUUCCACAUGGGCCGGGAUGGACAGGCCUCCCGCCAUCUCUCCGAAGUGGCCUCGGCCCUGCGUUCGUUCUCCCCACUCCAGUCUGCCCAGCAGCCUCCCAGUGGCUUCCAGGCGGCGGGAAGGGAUGGAGAGGGAGCCCAGGCUCGUGGUGCCAGUGCCAUGACAGCCUCUGGUGCUGAUGCAAGGACCGUGAGCUCAGGAAGCAGCGCCUGGGAGGGUCAGCUGCAGAGCAUGAUCCUGUCGGAGUAUGCCUCCACUGAGAUGAGUCUCCAUGCACUCUACAUGCAUGAGUUGCACAAGCAGCACGCCCAGCUGGAACCCGAGCGGCACACUUGGCACCGGCGAGAGAGCGACGAGAGUGGGGAGAGUGCCCACGAGGAGCUGGAUGCCCAGCGGGGUGUCCCUGUCCCCAUCCCUCGCUCCGCCAGCUACCCCUUCUCCUCGCCGCGGCAGCCUGCUGAGGAGACAGCCACGCUGCACACCGGCUUCCAGCGGCGAUACGGUGGCAUCACAGACCCGGGCACAGUACACAGAGCCCCAUCACACUUCUCCCGCCUCCCUCUGGGAGGCUGGGCUGAGGACGGGCAGUCAGCAAGACACCCAGAGCCUGUGCCAGAGGAGAGCUCAGAGGAUGAGCUCCCACCACAGAUCCACAAGGUAUAGCCUUGUAGACUGGGGAUCUCGUGGGGGCUGCAGACUGGGAGUCGCCUGGGAAGCAGCACGUGGCAUCUCAUCCUGAGUGGACGGGAUAGUCCCAGGCUCUGUUUUGUUGCCAUCAAUUGCUGAAGAGACAAAACUGCCAGGCCGGCGGCUUUGUGGUGGCACCACGUGUCCAGCCAUGUGUCAAGUCAACACCACUCUGACUCUUGUGGGGUGAAUGCGUGUGUGAGUACAUACAUGUGUCUGUGUUCACAUCUGUGACGUCCAUGUUGGAGGAUGCUGCAGAGCCUGCAAAGGCUCAUGUGACAGCACUAGCAGUGAGGAGUUGCGGACUGGCUUGGAGGUGGUGGUGGCAGCUGCUGUUGGAAGGGAUGUGAGAUGCCGCCAGGUCCAGAUGUCUGCCUGGAGCUGGGACCUGCCUCCAAAAUGAAGGCAGGAGCUGUUGAGUGGGGUCCAGCUCAGCCUGUAGCACCCCACCUGUCCUGCCUGCAGCCCUGAGGAGGUGUUCAGGACCGUGUUCGCCCUCCCGCAGAGGACCAAUGUUGUGCCCCUCAGUCCAGAGCAGGACAGCAGAGGGGCAGUUGCUCACCCCUCUGCCCCAGCACCCUGCAGAGGGAGGGGCCCUGGCUGCCAACCCAGAUAGGGGUGGGAUCUGGAGCUGUUGGAAGCAGCUCUGGCCAGGAUCCAGAGAUGCUGCAGCUCUUCCCUGACUCUCGCGACAGUUGGCCCGUCCCCUGCACGCAAGGAAGGGUCAGUGGGGCGGAAGUCCUGGGUCCCUGAGGUACCUCCCAGCUGGCAGCCUCCAUGCUGUACUUCUAGGCUAUGGCAGCAUCCCCCUGCUGUGCGGCACUGGUUGGGUGCAGGCUGCUAGUGGGCCCUCCUGCAGUGCCAAAGGGAACCCAGGCUGGGGCAGGCUGGUGUCUCCCGGGAGUGCUCACAGCCCCCUUGGAGCCCACCAUGAAGAUCUUGUGUUCUGUGUGUUGGUUCCCUUCCCCCAGGAAUGAUAAAGAUCUUUGUAACACAGAAUCGGGUCUGUCCUCCUGAUGCAGUCAUUUCUCUGGGAUCGGGCCUUUCCUCUUGCCCGGGCAAACACUUCAGUGUGUCUUGCAUCCCAGACAGGAGCUCCCAGCUCCUCCUCCUUUCCUGAAACCAUCCUUUUGCUUGCAGCAUGACUUUGGCUGCUGUGGAGACCAGGCAGCUGGCUUGUGCCUGGCUUGUGCCUGGCUUGUGCCUGGCUUGUGCCUGGCUUGUGCCUGGCGGGGCAAGGAGGGGUGCCUUGAACCCAGAAGGGAGAGGCAAACCCCAGCCCAGCCUUGGAGUGGUGGUGUGGGAUUGGGAUGCCAGCUCUGCAGCGUGGCCUCAGAUAGGAUCUUCCCACCGUUGUUCUGGUUUCCCUCUCUUUUCCAGUGGCAGCUUGUGAGGAUCUGCAUCCUGGCUAACACCUCCUAGGCUUUGCUUUCCCCUCCUUUUCCUUGCCUCUGCCAGGGGCUGCUUGCUUUUGCUGUGCCCUCUGUGAGCACCACAGGCCUCUUCUGCUGUCCCUGGAGGCCAGGGCCACCUCUCUUCCCCUGCCAGGAUUGUCACCCUCUGCCCUUUAAGCCUGUGCUGUGUGUGUGCUGCCGAGGCAGCUGCUCACAGUGCUGCAGGGGUGUGUGCACCCAGGUAUGCAGGGCAGAAGCAGGGCCGGGGUGUUCACGCUGGGGCAGACUCUUUGGGGGUGGUGGGCUUCCUGCUGCAGCGGGGGGGGAUGGGCUGGAGCUGUGACUGCUCUGGGGUCUGUAGGAGACCAGAGCAUGCUAAAGCAGAACUCGGGAUGAGGUUCAGCUCAGCAGUGUGGUAAGGACUGAGCUGGGCAGGGGCUCCACAGACGUGGGUGCUGCUGGCGUCCUCCCACGGAGGAGCAGCAGCAACAAUGCUGCAGCAGCUCUGCCUUGGGGCUGUUAAGGCACAGUGAAAGGAAACUAAAAGGAAAUCACCCGGGAGCCCAAGCUUUCCUGUGGCUUCCCCCCAGCCUAGGUGGCAGCCCAGCACAGAGGUGAGCUUCCCCAGGGCUGCGGGAUGCUGUGCCUGGGCUUCCCAGCAGAGUCGCUGAUCUGUAAGCUGGGUGGCUGAAGGCUGGCUGUGCCCUGGGGCCAGGUGGAAAGUCUGGGCCUCACCCUGGGCUGGCAGGAGGCAGAGGCCAGGCAGGAGCAGGCAGGAGUCCUUGCCAUAUGUUUUGCUUGUGUCGUCAGUGUCCCAUGUGCAUGGCCAGCCACUCUUCCUCAUCUCCCGGGGUGUGCGGAUGCAGGGGUCCUAGGGGAAUGCAGAGUCACACGCCCAUGCCCUCACUGUACAGCUGUAUAGCCGUCUAAUAAAGAUGGACUGUAUCAUCCCCA